AUGCGUACAAGUCUUCCAACAACCGUGCAUAUGGCGAAUGGGGGUUCCCAGAGCCAGUACCGUAUCAGUAAGUAAUUCAACUGACUGCUGCAUGGUUGCUCCCGGUCCGGCAAAACUUAGUUUUCAAACGAAAUAAAAUGGCUGCCAGUGUCUUUUCCCGGCUGGAUCCGUUCGACUGCCGGAACGGUGAUUUCGACUAUUACCUCGAACAGUUUGAUCACUUUUUGGUGCUAAACUCGAUCGAUGAUGAAACCAAAAAGAUUCCACUGUUCAUCUCCAGUAUUGGGCAGGAUGCCUACAAAAUCCUGAAAGAGAGCUGCGCCCCGGCAGAUCCAAAGGAAAAAUCUUUCGAUGAGCUGAAAACAUUGCUGCUACAGUAUUUCGCACGUCGGCAGUUCUAUGGCAGAAACCAGAGACAAGGCGAGCAGCUGGGAGCGUUCAUCAGCGACGUGAAGAAACUUUCGCUCAAGUGUAACUUUGGACCAUUCGCAAAGGAAGCUUUGCGCGAUCGAAUCGCGUGUGGAAAGGUACCGGACGAUAACGGCGAUAAGAAAGCGCCAGUUGUUCCAGCUGGUCCUUCGCGAGGAGCUGCCACGGUGCAAAACAAACCGGUAACGGUGGCUGCAGCAGGGCCGCAUCCGAAACAAACCAACAAAACUGCAGCAGUCAGCAAAGCGAAGGAAGUUGCAUUACCCACCAAGGUAACAACCAAGGGAGGAACCAAGUCGGGGGAACAUGGCGAACAUAAGUGUAAAAUCUGCGGUCAUCCUCACAAGGAAAACGAAUGCCCACAUAAGGAUAGUUCUUGCUUCCUGUGCCGUAAGAAGGGUCACAUAGCGUCCGUAUGCCGCGAGAAGAAUAAGCAGGCGGGGCAGCAACCGGUGCAAGUCCAUGUUCACGUGCAGCAGAAUACGGCAAUGAAAAAUUGAGUUUAACCCUGGCUGAUUACCGGUGGCGUGAAGUGUUGCAAGAAGUGAUUUUGAAGCGAGCUUCAGUGCUAAAACGUGAUUCGUGAUAACUUUUUACUGUAUCAACUGUUGAGUCACUCUGAGGUACUCAAACGCUGCAGUUUAUUACCUUUGAGGAACAUUUCACUGUGUGAGAGAUAUGCAGCUUAUUUUGAUUGUUUCGUAGAAAAUAUCGAAAGCGUCGAAAGGUUCCAAUUUCAUGACGAGUACUUUUCGGUGCUUGUGUACUAGUUAUGUUAAGUCCAGAAGUCCAGUUCAUUAGAAUUCAAAGUUUAUUUUUUAGUUUUGACUCAAAUUAUUCAAUUUUUUAAAAAGAUUGUUUGAAAAUUGCUGCUAUACAUAAAACAAAGUUUUUUUUUGUUAUAUUAGGCCUUAAAUAAAGAAUAAAACUUUUAUUUUAAUAAUUA